UGGGGAUCCAAUCAGCUUCGAGUUUGUAUCUGUGCUAACCAUCACAGACUGAGGGAUCUGGUAGAGUUAAGAUGGCGGCGUGUGGUUAAGGAGGUAGUAGUUUAAGGCUCUCGCUUUCCUUCAUUUAACUCGAUUUAUAUGAACCCUAAUUACCACAGUUAACGUGCAAUUAGCAUUUCCUCCCAUUUUUUCCAAUUAUUCGUCUUAUUCUGGAUUGAACUCAUGACGUCUAUACACUUCGUGGUUCACCCGUUGCCCGGGACUGAGGACCAGCUCAAUGACAGAUUACGAGAAGUUUCUGAGAAACUCAACAAAUACAACCUAAACAGUCAUCCUCCUCUGAAUUUGUUGGAACAGGCCACCAUUAAACAGUGUGUUGUGGGACCAAACCAUGCUGCAUUUCUUCUGGAGGAUGGUCGCAUCUGUAGAAUUGGUUUCGCAGUUCAGCCUGACAGGUUGGAAUUGGGUAAACCUGAUGGCAAUGAUGGUUCAAAGUUGAGCAGUGGUUCAGGGACAGGAAGGACUUCCAGGCCAGGCAGGACUAGUGAUCCGCCAUGGUUUCUGUCUGGUUCUGACACACUGGGCAGACUGGCAGGCAACACCCUUGGGAGCCGCUGGAGCUCUGGGGUGAAUGGAGGUGGAGGUGGCUCCUCUGGAAGAUCCUCCACAGCAGCGAGAGACUCGAGGAGACAGACGAGAGUGAUUCGCACCGGGCGUGACAGAGGAUCAGGGCUUCUGGGCAGUCAGCCUCAGCCAGUCAUCCCAGCAUCAGUCAUUCCUGAGGAACUCAUCUCCCAGGCCCAGGUUGUGCUGCAGGGGAAGUCCAGGAGUGUGAUAAUUCGUGAACUACAGAGAACUAACCUGGAUGUAAAUCUUGCUGUAAACAACUUGCUAAGUCGAGAUGAUGAGGAUGGAGAUGAUGGUGACGACACAGCAAGUGAAUCUUAUUUACCUGGAGAGGAUCUAAUGUCUCUGCUAGAUGCAGACAUCCACUCCGCACACCCCAGUGUUAUCAUCGAUGCAGAUGCCAUGUUUUCUGAAGACAUCAGUUACUUUGGUUAUCCCUCAUUUCGCCGUUCUUCUCUCUCCAGACUUGGCUCAUCACGAGUUCUCCUUCUUCCCUUAGAGAGAGACUCAGAGCUGUUACGUGAGCGUGAGUCUGUUUUACGUUUGCGUGAGCGGAGGUGGCUUGAUGGAGCCUCUUUCGAUGCUGAAAGAGGCUCUACAAGCAGGGAAGGGGAGCUGACCUUGGACAAGAAGAAUAUCCCAGUGCAGAGCCCUGUAUCUCUUGGGGAAGAGCUACAGUGGUGGCCUGAUAAGGAUGGGACAAAGUUUGUCAGCAUUGGUGCCCUUUACUCCGAACUGGUGGCAGUGAGUACCAAGGGAGAGCUGUACCAGUGGAAAUGGAGUGAAGUUGAACCAUACAGAAAUUCUCAGAAUCCUUCCAUGCAUCAUCCCAGGGCUGCUUUUCUAGGGUUAAUGAGUGAGAAAAUUACUCUCCUUUCAGCAAACAGUAUCAGAGCCACUGUUGCCACUGAAAAUAACAAGGUGGCAACCUGGGUUGAUGACACUCUCAGCACAGUAGCUUCUAAACUGGAGCACAGCACCCAGACCUUUCCUGAGCUGCAGGGAGAGCGGAUUGUCUCCUUGCAUUGCUGUGCUCUUUACACCUGUGCACAGCUGGAAAACUGUCUGUAUUGGUGGGGCGUUGUGCCCUUUAGUCAGCGGAAAAAGAUGCUUGAAAAGGCCAGGGCAAAGAACAAAAAGCCAAAGUCCAGUGCCGGCAUCUCUUCAAUGCCGAAUAUUACUGUUGGAACGCAGGUGUGUCUUCGAAACAACCCCCUUUACCAUACCGGUGCUGUUGCCUUUUCCAUCAAUGCUGGUAUUCCUAAAGUCGGAGUGCUGAUGGAGUCUGUGUGGAAUAUGAAUGAUAGCUGUAGGUUCCAGCUCAGGUCACCAGAGAGUUUGAAAAACAUGGAGAAGACCAGCAAAGCUACAGAAACAAAGACUGAAAACAAACCAGAGUCUGUGAAGACUGAGAUGGGACCUCCUCCUUCCCCAGCAUCCACCUGUAGUGACACGUCUUCCAUUGCCAGCAGUGCAUCUCUGCCAUAUAAGCGACGGCGCUCAACCCCAGCACCUAAAGAAGAGGAGAAAGUGAAUGAAGAGCAGUGGUCCCUGAGAGAAGUUGUGUUUGUUGAAGAUGUGAAGAAUGUUCCAGUUGGAAAGGUACUAAAAGUCGAUGGUGCAUAUGUUGCUGUGAAAUUUCCAGGAACGUCCAACAGUGUGAGCAACCAGAGCACCUCCACUUCAGACUCUGAUCCCUCCUCACUACUGCAGGACUGCAGACUGCUGAGAAUAGAUGAACUACAGGUAGUGAAAACUGGUGGAACACCAAAGGUUCCAGACUGCUUCCAACGGACUCCUAAAAAACUGUGUAUCCCAGAAAAAGCUGAAAUACUGGCAGUGAAUGUUGAUUCUAAAGGAGUGCAUGCUGUGUUAAAGACUAGUAACUGGGUGAGAUACUGCAUCUUUGACCUGGCGACAGGGAAAGCUGAACAGGAAAAUAACUUUCCUACAAGCAGUCUUGCAUUUCUGGGACAGAAUGAGCGAAAUGUGGCAAUUUUUACUGCUGGGCAGGAAUCACCUGUCAUUCUCCGAGAUGGAAAUGGGACCAUCUACCCAAUGGCUAAAGACUGCAUGGGUGGUAUUAGAGACCCUGAUUGGUUAGAUCUUCCACCUAUCUCUAGCCUUGGCAUGGGAAUUCAUUCAUUAACCAACCUUCCUGCAAAUUCCACCAUCAAGAAGAAAGCUGCUAUUAUCAUAAUGGCUGUUGAAAAACAAACUUUAAUGCAGCACAUUUUGCGAUGUGACUAUGAAGCUUGCAGGCAGUAUCUAAUGAAUCUUGAGCAAGCUGUUCUGCUGGAGCAGAUACCUCAAUCCCUGAACGCACUCCUUGGCCAUAGAUGUGAUGGAAACCGCAAUAUCCUCCAUGCUUGUGUAGCUGUGUGCUUUCCAACUAGUAACAAGGAAACAAAAGAGGAAGAAGAAGCUGAGCGGUCUGAAAGAAACACGUUUGCAGAGAGGCUGUCUGCAGUUGAGGCAAUUGCCAAUGCAAUCUCAGUUGUGUCUAGCAACAGUUCUGGAAACCGAACUGGAUCAUCCAGUAGUAGGAGUCUGAGACUGCGUGAAAUGAUGAGGCGAUCUCUGAGAGCUGCAGGUUUGGGUCGACAUGAGUCAGGACCUUCUUCCAGUGACCACCAGGACCCAGUGUCUCCUCCUAUCGCCCCGCCCAGCUGGGUCCCGGACCCACCUCCAAUGGAUCCAGAUGGUGACAUUGAUUUUAUCCUGGCCCCUGCUGUGGGAUCUCUCACCACAUCAUCAGCUGGGACUGGCCAAGGCCCCAGCACAUCCACUAUACCAGGCCCUUCAUCUGAACCCUCAUUGGUGGAGUCCAAGGAUCGGAAAGCCAAUGCCCAUUUAAUACUCAAGUUGAUGUGUGACAGUAUGGGUCUUCGUCCAUAUCUUCGUGAAUUGCUUUCUGCUAAGGAUGCAAGAGGAAUGACUCCAUUUAUGCUGGCUGUUAGUGGGAGAGCAUAUCCAGCUGCUAUAACAAUUCUUGAAGCUGCACAAAAAAUAGCUAAAGGUGAGACUACAUCCAGUGAGAGAGAGGAUGCUCUAUUUACGGAAAUGAUCUGCCCACCUGGAACCAAUCCAGAUGAUUCUCCUCUUUAUGUCCUUUGCUGCAAUGACACCUGCAGUUUUACGUGGACUGGCGCAGAACACAUUAAUCAGGAUAUUUUUGAGUGUCGAACAUGUGGCUUGUUGGAGUCGCUUUGUUGCUGCACAGAAUGUGCCAGGGUUUGCCACAAGGGUCAUGACUGCAAACUCAAGAGAACAUCGCCAACAGCAUACUGUGACUGCUGGGAGAAGUGCAAAUGUAAAACUUUGAUAGCAGGACAGAAGUCUGCACGUCUUGAUCUGCUCUACAGGUUGCUUACCACCACUAACCUUGUGACAAUGCCAAAUAGCAGGGGAGAACAUCUACUUCUGUUUUUGGUGCAGACCGUGGCCAGGCAAACUGUAGAACACUGCCAGUAUCGACCCCCCCGAAUUAGAGAGGACAGAAACCGCAAGGCUGCUAAUGCUGAAGAUUCAGAUAUGCCUGAUCAUGACCUGGAGCCUCCCCGUUUUGCCCAACUUGCUCUUGAGAGAGUCCUGCAGGACUGGAACGCUUUGAAAUCCAUGAUCAUGUUCGGAUCCCAGGAAAACAAAGAUCUGUUAAGUGCAAGUAGCAAAAUAGGUCAUCUACUUCCUGAAGAGCAAGUGUACCUUAACCAGCAAAACGGAACCAUCAGGCUGGACUGUUUCACCCAUUGCUUGAUUGUAAAAUGUACUGCAGAUAUAUUGCUUUUAGAUACUCUUCUGGGAACUCUGGUAAAAGAGCUUCAGAAUAAGUACACUCCAGGUCGAAGAGAGGAGGCGAUUAAUGUAACCAUGAGGUUCCUGCGCUCUGUCGCCAGGGUCUUCGUUAUUCUCAGUGUGGAGAUGGCAUCUUCAAAGAAGAAAAAUAACUUUAUUCCGCAGCCAAUUGGGAAAUGCAAGCGCGUUUUUCAGGCCUUGCUGCCAUAUGCAGUAGAGGAGCUGUGUAAUGUAGCAGAGUCACUGAUUGUACCAGUCAGGAUGGGGAUUGCAAGGCCGACAGCUCCUUUCACCCUAGCGUGCACCAGUAUAGAUGCCAUGCAAGGCAGUGAAGAGCUUUUCUCAGUGGAGCCCCUUCCACCCAGACCUUCACCUGAUCAGUCUAGCAGUUCAAGCCAGUCUCAGUCAUCAUAUAUCAUCAGAAACCCUCAGCAGAGACACAUCAGUCAGUCUCAGCCCGUUCGUGGAAGAGAUGAGGAGCAGGAUGAUAUAGUAUCUGCUGACGUUGAAGAGGUUGAGGUUGUGGAAGGUGUUGCUGGAGAAGAGGAUCACCAUGAUGAACAGGAGGAGCAGGGGGAGGAGAACGCAGAGGCAGAGGGACACCAUGAUGAGCAUGACGAGGAUGGAAGCGAUAUGGAGCUUGAUCUUUUGGCAGCUGCAGAAACAGAAAGCGACAGUGAAAGUAACCACAGCAACCAGGACAAUGCCAGUGGUCGAAGGAGUGUUGUCACAGCAGCCACUGCAGGGUCUGAAGCAGGUGCCAGCAGUGUCCCUGCCUUCUUUUCAGAAGACGAUUCCCAGUCCAACGACUCGAGUGACUCUGACAGCAGCAGCAGUCAGAGCGACGAUGUUGACCAGGAGACUUUUAUGGUUGACGAGCCACUAGAGAGAACCACCAACAGCUCUCAUGCCAACAGCGCUGCACAGGCACCUCGGUCCAUGCAGUGGGCAGUGCGCAACACCCAGAACCAGCGAACAACGAGCAGCGCCCCUUCUAGUACAUCUGCCCCAGCAGCCAGCUCUACAGGAUUAAUUUAUAUUGACCCAACUAAUCUGCGUAGAAGUGGUGCCAUCAGCACCAGUGCAGCCGCAGCAGCUGCAGCUCUCGAAGCCAGCAAUUCAAGCAGCUACUUGACCUCGGCCAGCAGUCUUGCCAGGGCCUACAGCAUCGUCAUCCGCCAGAUUUCAGACCUCAUGGGUUUGAUCCCCAAGUACAACCACCUGGUGUAUACCCAAAUACCUGCUGCAGUGAAGCUCACAUACCAGGAAGCUGUUAAUUUGCAGAAUUACGUGGAAGAUAAACUCAUCCCCACUUGGAACUGGAUGGUCAGCAUCAUGGACUCCACUGAAGCUCAGCUGCGAUAUGGCUCUGCACUGUCUUCAGCUGGGGACCCUGGGCACCCCAGCCAUCCUCUCCAUGCUUCACAGAACUCUGCUAGGAGAGAGAGAAUGACAGCACGCGAAGAGGCCAGUUUAAGAACACUGGAGGGCAGAAGACGUGCCACAUUGCUAAGUGCUCGCCAGGGGAUGAUAUCAGCACGUGGAGAUUUCCUGAACUACGCCCUCUCUUUGAUGCGCUCUCACAACGAUGAGCAUUCCGAUGUCUUGCCAGUUCUGGAUGUCUGCUCACUCAAACAUGUGGCAUAUGUUUUCCAAGCACUAAUUUAUUGGAUUAAAGCAAUGAACCAACAGACCAUACUGGAUACACCUCAGCUAGAAAGGAAAAGAACUCGUGACUUGUUGGAGCUGGGAUUGGACAAUGAAGACUCUGAACAUGAAAAUGAUGAAGAUACGAAUCAGAGCUCUACCCUCAAUGAAAAGGAUGAUGACCCUGUCCCAGCAGAAAGCGGUCAGAACCAUGCUUUCUUCCGGCGAUCAGAUUCCAUGACCUUCCUUGGUUGUAUCCCUCCAAACCCAUUUGAAGUAUCUCUGGCAGAAGCUAUACCCCUGGCUGACCAGCCUCACCUGUUACAGGUAAAGGUCACACCACUGCAGACAAGAAGUUCAACUCCAUACAAGCAAUCCUUCCCAUUGCUUCUGUGUCCAAAUGCAAGAAAGGAAGAUCUCUUUGGGCGUCCAAGCCAGGGUCUGUAUUCAUCCUCUUACAGCACAAAAGGGCCGACAGAGGUGACUGUGGACAGAAACUGCCUUGAGGUUCUCCCGACUAAAAUGUCUUACUCAGCCAAUAUGAAGAAUGUCAUGAGCAUGCAGUCUCGACAGAAGGCUGAUGACCAGACUUUGCCAGAAGUGACAGAGAGCACAAAGCCUGGACCCUCUGCUCAUGAUCUGGCAGCACAACUUAAGAGUAGCCUUUUGGCAGAGAUUGGGCUUACUGAAAGUGAGGGACAUCCACUGGCCUCAUUUAGGCCGCAUUGUAGUUUUAUGGGAAUGGUAAUAUCUCACGACAUGCUUCUUGGACGAUGGCGUCUAUCUUUAGAACUUUUUGGAAGAGUAUUCAUGGAAGAUGUUGGUGCUGAACCUGGAUCGAUUUUGACUGAGCUUGGUGGCUUUGAAGUGAAGGAAUCAAAAUUCCGCCGGGAAAUGGAGAAACUGCGGAACCAGCAGUCGAGAGACUUGGCAUUGGAAGUGGAUCGGGACAGAGACCUCCUGAUUCAGCAGACCAUGAGGCAGCUGAACAGCCACUUUGGCCGCAGAUGCACCACAACUCCCAUGGCAGUGCACAGAGUCAAGGUCACGUUUAAAGACGAGCCAGGAGAGGGGAGUGGAGUGGCUCGAAGUUUCUACACUGCUGUAGCGCAGGCAUUCCUGUCCAGUGAGAAACUUCCCAAUCUUGACUGCAUACAGAAUGCCAGCAAGGGAAUGCAAACUAGUAAUCUUAUGCAGCGACUGAGGAACAGAGACCGGGAGCGAGAAAGAAGAAGCGGUGGGCUGCGAGCAGGUUCUCGUAGAGACAGGGACAGGGAUUCAAGGAGGCAACUGUCAAUAGACACCCGGCCCUUCAGACCAGCAUUAGAAGGCAAUCCUAGUGAUGACCCUGACCCUCUCCCAGCACAUCGACAGGCACUUGGGGAGAGGCUUUACCCACGAGUUCAAGCCAUGCAACCGGCAUUUGCUAGUAAAAUCACAGGAAUGUUGUUGGAACUCUCCCCUGCACAGCUUUUGUUGCUUCUUGCUAGUGAAGAUUCCCUACGGGCACGUGUGGAUGAGGCAAUGGAACUUAUUAUUGCACAUGGAAGGGAAAAUGGUGCCGACAGUAUAUUAGAUCUUGGAUUGCUAGAUACAUCUGACAAGACACAGCAGGAGAGCAGAAAACGACAUGGCUCCAGUCGCAGUGUGGUGGAUAUGGAACUGGAUGAUCCAGAAGAUGGUGAUGACAAUGCACCACUUUUCUAUCAGCCUGGAAAACGGGGCUUCUAUUCACCACGGCCGGGCAAGAGCACAGAGGCACGGCUUAAUUGCUUCCGAAACAUCGGCAGAAUACUUGGGUUAUGCCUGCUUCAAAAUGAACUGUGCCCUAUAACAUUAAAUAGGCAUGUUAUCAAGGUGUUACUAGGUAGAAAGGUUAAUUGGCACGAUUUUGCUUUCUUUGAUCCCGUGAUGUAUGAGAGUUUACGGCAACUAAUCCUGGCUUCUCAGAGUGGGGAUGCGGAAGCAGUCUUUGCCGCAAUGGAUCUGGCAUUCGCAAUUGACCUCUGUAAGGAGGAGGGGGGAGGACAGGUGGAACUUGUAUCCGGUGGUGUAAAUAUACCAGUUACUCCUCUGAAUGUAUAUGAAUAUGUCAGAAAAUAUGCUGAACACCGGAUGUUGGUGGUUGCAGAGCAGCCUCUCCAUGCAAUGAGGAAAGGACUGCUGGAUGUACUUCCUAAAAACUCCCUUGAAGACCUUACAGCUGAGGAUUUCAGGCUGCUGGUGAAUGGCUGUGGAGAAGUGAAUGUACAAAUGCUCAUUAGCUUUACUUCCUUUAAUGAUGAAUCAGGGGAAAACGCUGAGAAGCUUUUGCAGUUCAAGCGUUGGUUUUGGUCCAUUGUAGAGAAGAUGAGCAUGGCUGAAAGACAAGACCUGGUUUACUUCUGGACAUCAAGCCCGUCGUUGCCUGCUAGCGAGGAGGGAUUCCAGCCCAUGCCAUCCAUCACAAUUCGACCCCCCGAUGACCAGCACUUGCCAACUGCAAACACUUGUAUCUCCCGCCUCUAUGUGCCACUCUAUUCCUCCAAACAGAUUCUCAAACAAAAACUGUUACUAGCCAUUAAAACCAAGAACUUUGGUUUUGUGUAGUGACAAAAAAGAGACGUGUUUAUUGUUGUGUAUAUUACUAGUUCCAGUUUUGUAGAUUAUUUUUUAUUUGUCUAUACAAUGUUAUGAUGGCAGUACUCUUUUGAAUAAGCAUACAUUCCUGCAUUGGGUUUAGAAAGUUUAAAAUCCCACUUAUCUUGGCUUUACCAGUUUUGACUGUAACCUCCCAGGUAUUUGGCUAGUCAGUAAACUGUUAGCCUAACCCCAGCCAAAGAUGACAGCAAAAAUGUGUAAUUUACACUGUGAUUAUGAUUUCUUUAUUUUAUUAUAUUUUAUUUUUUAUUAUAUUUUAUGUUUUUGCCCAAAACAGAAUACUUUAAUAUUUCUGAAACUUCACUGCUGCCUUUGUGGAAGGUGUUGUGAGUUUUUCUUGUAUAGAGGAAGUAGGGAAUUUCAAAAUAAACUUGAGGAUGAAAAACAUGUCAUGUUUCUGUCCUAGUUGGACUCCCAGAUUUGAUUGUUGUAAUGUAUUUCCUAAAUGAUAAAUGCACUCAUUAAUCUGCAGUGGUUUUAGAUAUGUAUUUUAGGAUAUUAAGACAAGUAAAAAAAACAAUCAUUAAAUGUUUUUAUACUGAAAAGUACAAUAGUAAUUUUUUUGUGACAUUUUUUUUUGUUAGGUUUGGAUAUCUGGCCCCUCUUCUGCCCCUCCCCCCUCCCCCUCAAGUCCUUAAGAAGCUUGCUACUUAAGGCAACCUUUAAAAGAUGCAUACUGUUCUGUAUAUACUGUAGAUAUCACAACGCUGCUUAUCUCGUUAUUGAUUGAUUUCUAAAAACUUUUCAGAAUAAAGCUUGACAUAACAUACAAGUUAAGAUGGAACUCUUAAUCACUUCUGGGUGGCAAAAUAUGCUGCUUCUCAACUUUUUGAAAAACUGGAAUCAAAACUAAUAUGCUGUGGAAAUGCAGUAUAACAUUGUACACUUUACUGUGGCUGUGCACAUUACCUAGAACACCUGUAUAAGCCAUAUAAUAAUGCAAGUUUUGUUUUAGUUGAGGGAAUGAAUGUGUUCCAAUAAGUGUGGCUAAAUAUUUGGGGGGGGGGGGGGGGGUCAACUGGCUUUACAAAGGUACAUUGAAAGUAUUUAUUUUACAAUUGAUUUAUUUUGAGAGAUUUAUUAUAGUUUUUUUUUUUCAGGCCAUCUCUUGAUUUUAAUAAAGUAAUGCUGAGUUGUUAAUAGCUUUAUUUUAAUGUCCAGAUAUUUUAUUUCCUGGACAACCUAUUCCAUUGUAUUUGGUUGACUUAGUAAUAGUUUGUCACAAAUUAAAAUCAUACAUGUUUUAAAGCU